CUUCACGGUAUGGAUUUCUAUCAUCUUCCUCUGUCGGCUCCGUGCCAGGCCGUUCGUUUAACUGCCAAAGCCCUCGGUCUUCAUUUGAAUCUGAAGGAGGUUGAUCUAAUGAAUGGGGAGCAUCUGAAGCCAGAAUUCCUGAAGAUUAACCCGCAACACGUCAUCCCGACGCUUGUCGACAAUGACUUUGUGCUGUGGGAAUCGAGAGCGAUCCUGACGUACCUGUGCGAAAAGUAUGGCAAAAACGAUAGCCUCUAUCCGAAAGAUCCGAAAAAGCGCGCUUUGGUAAACCAGCGCCUAUUCUUCGACAUGGGAACACUGUAUCAGCGGUUCUCGAAGGUAUUCUACCCGGUCAUGAUGGAGGGCAAAGAGCUGGUUGCGGAAGAUGUUGUGAAGCUGGACGAAGCGCUCGAUUUUUUGGAAAUUUUCCUCGACAAGACAGCAUUCGCGGCGGGCGAUAAGCUGACGGUGGCGGAUUUGAGCCUGCUGGCGAGCAUCACAACAAUCCAAGUGGCUUGUGAGUAUGACUUUAGCAAGUAUGCGAACAUUCAACGCUGGUACGCACAGCUGAAGGAAUCCGUCGCGGGAUACCAUGAAAUUUGCUUUGAAGGAGCCACCCUGUUCCGAGCAACAUUCAACGCGGACAAGAAGUAA